AUCUUUGACACUGAACAGAAAGUAAUCUUCAACACUGCCAUUGCUUAACCUACGAGAGAGAGCACCAAAAUGGCAGAGAAUCAGGAACUGUUCUGUUGCUCCAUCUGUCUGGAUCUACUGAAGGAUCCGGUGACUACUGCCUGUGGACACAGUUACUGUAUGGGCUGUAUUAAAGAAAGCUGGGAUCAGGAUGAUCUGAAAGGUUUCUACAGCUGUCCACAGUGCAGAGAGACCUUUAUCCCAAGGCCUGUUCUAAACAGGAGCACUGUGCUGGCUGAAGUGGUGGAGAAACUGAAGAAGACAGGACUCCAGGCUGCUCCCCCUCCUGCUCUGUGCUAUGCUGGACCUGGAGAUGUGGCGUGUGAUUUCUGCAUUGGGACCAGAAAGCAGAAAGCCCUCAUGUCCUGUCUGGCAUGUCUGGCCUCUUAUUGUGAGACUCACCUCCAACCUCACUAUGAAUAUCCUGCUUUCAAGAAGCACAAGCUGGUCAAAGCCACCACACAACUACAGGAGAAGAUCUGCUCUCAUCAUGACAAACUGCUGGAGGUUUACUGUCGUACCGAUCAGCAGUGUAUCUGUUAUCUGUGUACAAUGGAUGAACAUAAAGGCCAUGAUACAGUGUCAGCUGCAGCAGAGAGGACUGAGAAACAGAGGCAGCUGAGGAUAAGUCAGCAGAAGGUCCAGCAGAGAUUCCAGGAGAGAGAGAAGGAGCUGAAGGAGCUCCAACAGGCUGUAGAGUCUCUCAAGCGUUCUGCACAGGCAGCAGUGGAGGACAGUGAUCAGAUCUUUACUGAGAUGAUCUGCUCCUUUGAGAGAAGGCGUUCUGAGGUGAAGGAGCUGAUCAGAGCCCGAGAGAAGGCUCAAGUGAGUCAAGCUGAAGGACUCCUGGAGCAACUGAAGCAGGAGAUGGCUGAGCUGAGAAAGAGAAGCACUGAGUUGGAGCAGCUCUCACACACAGAGGAUCACAUCCAUUUCCUCCAGAGUCAUCAGUCUCUCUCCAGUAUCAGUGUAUCUUCAGACUUACCCAGCAUUGUUGUCCAUCCUCUUCAGUACUUUGGAGAUGUGAGUAAGACUGUGUCUGAACUGAGAGAGAAACUAGAGGACUUCCUUAAAGGAGAAUGGACCAAGAUCUCGUCUACAGUGAAUAUAGUGGAUGAUGUACUGCCUCCAGAGCCCAAGACCAGAGAACAGUUGUUACAAUAUUCCUGUAAGCUCACACUGGACCCAAACACAGCAUACACACACCUCUCUCUGUCUAAAUGGAACAGAAAGGUGACCUAUAAACGCCAAAUCCAACCAUAUCCUGACCAUCCAGACAGAUUCACCAACCACUACCAGGUUUUGUGUAGAGAAGGUCUGUCUGGACGCUGUUACUGGGAGAUAGAGUGGAGUGGUUAUGUUAUUACAGCAGUCUCAUAUAAAGACAUCAGCAGAACAGAGACAGGUAAUAUAUUUGGACUCAAUAACAAGUCCUGGAGUUUACAGUACCAGUGGUUUAGUGAUGGUUAUUGUUUCAGACACAAUAAUGUUGAGACUAAAGUAUCAGGCCCUCAGUCCUCCAGAGUAGGAGUGUACCUGGAUCACAAGGCAGGUACUCUGUCCUUCUACGGUGUCUCUGACACAAUGACCCUCCUCCACAGAGUCCAGACCACAUUCACUCAGCCCCUCUAUCCUGGGUUUUGGCUACGUAGUUGUAAAAGUACUGCUGAGCUGGUUAAACUGUAGUAGGGUCCACAUAGAUACUAGUCAUGCUGGUGUAGUCUAUAGCUGAGCUGGUUAAACUGUAGUAGGGUCCACAUAGAUACUAGUCAUGCUGGUGGUGAUGGUCCCCAGAUGUGAUGGUCUGUUUUUCUGUACAAUAAUUUGUCUGACUGUAUAGUUGAAUUAAAUGUAAUAUACUUAUUUUUAUCAAA